AAUAGGAGUUGCACGAGACGAUGAAGAUGAAGUGCUUGAAGGUGGUCGUCGUGACUGUGCUUCUUGCAGCCGUGAUCAAAUUUUUGUGGUUCUUCAAUGGAUGAUCACUGGAAUGGGCGUUGCGGCGUCCCGCUUUAUGGGUCCAGCAGCGGCACGUGACGUUUGUGCGCCAAUCGUGCCGCAAGGCGUUUCAGACCCCCUGAUUACUAUGGGUCCUCUUCUCGGCGCGAUUCUCGCCAAACAAGUCCUUCAGCCACGCUUUUAUGCACACAUAGAGCGCGCGCGUCAACGCGAGAACCGAAAACAGGAUCAUGGACAUGGUGACGAUCGUAAUCUUGCUUCUCAAUCAAGUAGUGCUCGAGCUGGCCAUGCAGCUGCACGAGGGCAUCAAGCAGGAUGUUCUUCCACUUCGCACCAAGACGGUCCUCGGAAUGGCUCUACGACGCAUGGAAGCUCAACCGCUUCAACUAGGUCUAGGGCAACUGACCGGAGACCGCGAAAAGGCAUUACAGCAGGCAGGGAACGGACGUUGCUCAUGGCACUGCCUCAGUUUCUCAUGUUCCUUUGCACGCAAAUGUUCUUACACGGGGUACCAGCUCUUUUACCGGCAUCAGAGCAUCGACAGCGAACUGAUGUAGAAAUGGCGACGGCAAUAGGUGGCGCGCGCGCGCCUGGUGGAAUCAGAUCUGAACAAGAUAAAAUCCUUGACGAGGCGAGCGUAACAGAAUCAGAAGGACCAUCUUCGAAUAUGAUGCAAAAGCGCCCUGGUGCGACCAUCGUCGAGGACGCCCUAAGAGAUCUACCUCUUGCAGCAGAUGAUAUUAAGCAUAAUAAAGCAGGUUUUACUUCUUCUGGCGCUUUUACUGCAUCGCGUCUUCAACAAGUGAUAGAAACUUUGGUGGACAACAAUGACGAGGGCGUAGACGACAUGGUAAAUCGAAUGAGUAAUCUCCAUUUGGCAGAGCAGGAUCUAUCGUCAGUAGUAGAAGACUCCUCAAAAGCGCAAGUGCUCAGCAACCGCAAAAAGAGAAAACUCUACUUCCGGAAUGUUGUCAUGGCUGAACUCAUUAAGCCAGGCAAUGGCAAAAUCAGGAAGGGUGAGCUGGGUCUUAUUGCUGAUGACGAUGCGCCUUUGACAAGGUUGAUGCAGGAUAUUUUGGACCUCAUGCAACAUCAGACAGAUUAUGCAGGAGCAGAACCAGUCGCGCGGACUCGUGCAACUCUCGCUACUACUGCGCCAACUCCGACUCCAUCCACCUCGUUUAGGCCCUCAUCUUACAUCAAGAAUAUUCUUCGGAGUCGCCGCAGUUUGUGGAGGAUAGCAGCUACCACAGAACAAGGAGCAGACCUGCUACCAUCGCAUCAACGUUUUGGCGUUGAGGAUGAAGAUGCGAUUCGUGAAGAUGUUGAUACGGUUCACCGUGCGGGUGCCAGUGCAAAUGAUUCUCUAUCCCCCGAUGUAGAUAUAGAGGAUUUGAUUGAUGACGAGGAUGAGCUCGACGAUGAGGAUGACGAACUAAUGGGAAUCGCUCCCCUUGAGCAGGUAUUACAAGACGUUAUAGGAGGAACCUCUUCGGCGUUUUCCCGCUUGAAGAAACUACAAUCGGAAUUGUUAGAGCUAAGAACGUCUACAUCGGGAUCGCAGUCGGAACACGCGGAGCAGCACCGCCAUCAUGACCACCACGACCACACACCGAACGAGAAAGCCAAUAUCGCGACUGCAACGUCGUCGAAUACAAAAAUUUUUAGUUCUCGCAAUCCUAAAAACACUCUAGAAGGAGGACACCAGAACAAAAAAGUAGAGUCCAGCUCUAAGUUGAAAGAGGUGGCACGGCAGGUUGCCACGUUGACCCUGCUUCUUUUGAUGCAGAGCAGUGUUGGUGUCCUCUUCGUGCUUGCGGUUCCCGCAACGCAACAGAAAGCAAAAUCGUUGGCCCUUCUAAGUCAAGGGGACAUGCUCACGAAAUUUGUGGUGGGGCCCUUUUUGGCGACCCAACUUUCUACGGCUUUGAUGAAGGGAUCGCCUUUGCUACUAUCAUCCUCAUCAACCUUCAUGAUCAAGAUCUUUUCUAGUUUACUCGACGGUGGGUCCAGUAGUGACCGCGGACUUGGUGGACUUUCUGAAGCGGCAGCUACGAGGGCUACCGUCAGUGCAUUUUCGUACUUCUACCUUGCCUCGGCUGCCAUGAACAUGGCGUCUGUGCUUUGCUGCCGGCAACUUCUGCCACCUGAUAGUGGGAAGAGCGAGGACACGGCGACGAGAAGAACUCCUCUCACAGAGGACAGGACAGCCGCGAGGACUCCCAGCAGCGCAGGGGCACAACAAGAACAAGAAGGAGCAACGCAAAGGACGUAGAUAACCCCUACGAAGGGUUGGCAGAUGAAGAAAGUCGAGGUAGAUAAGUCGAUAGAUGAAGCUUCUUGGUGUACCGUCGUAGUAUCGUUGUUUUUCAACUACUAGAUGACUAAAGUGUGUGUGCGAGUGUGGCACCCCUUCGCGGAUGUGUUAUUCUUGUGCUCGUUUUCCUAUGGAAGUCCGCGAAAGGAACUACUGUUUGUUUUUAACCCGUUGAUUAAUCAAGAAGAUGGAUUUCGAUUUGAUAGUGAACUUAGACUGUUACAAGCGUCUAUUUCUGUAUGAAAUCUGUGUCAAUGAUGUUUAUGUCGUAGUUGACUUAUUGUUCAUUGAUAUUUUUUGAAUUUCAAUUUUCUUCAGGUUGUUCUUGGUGCUUCCGCACGAAACUCCAGCAAGUUUUGAUACAUAGAGAUUGAUAGAAUUGAAGUGAAAAGUUUUUCGAUGAAAAAUGAAUGUCAAUGCUUCAUCGUUCAUGAAUAAUCUGAGCUACCACCUCUGCCGAAAUUUGAGAGAACAACACGAAGUUGAAGUACUAGAAGAAAGCAAAGAGUCCCGUGCCGUUCGACGUGAUCUGUUGGUUACGUUCUCCGGCACUCUUGCGGGCCUAUUCAAUUUGUUUUUCUAAAAUCCAGUCAUGCUUAGGAUCCGCACUGUGAUUCAGUGCGAAAAGGAGGAUUGUUUCCUUCUAUAUUACCGAUUUAAGAUGUUGUUACAGUCAGGCCCUUCAACGUAAUACGAAACGAGAACAGAACCAAGUCGCGAUGGCGACGUAGGACAGCAACGACACAGAACGAAUAUGUAAGGACAAUGCAUGAUUCAAUGAAUUCUCAUGCCUUGCUGAAAGAACCUUUGUUUUGUGAAAACUGAUGAAACUCCUCUUGUCGUUUUGUCUGAAUGAUCAAUAUGUCAACGCCAAUGUUGUCCCAGAAAUCGAAUGGAUUGAUGAUAAGCAUAUGUAUCUAUAUGAGUUUGAGUCAUCUCUGUGCGACGACGCGGCACCAAGAUGGGGG